AUGGGACACCCGGGAAGUGAGUCCAACUUCAGCACAACUAGACCUGGGAAAGGUCCCAAACCCAUAGUACGCUUGACUUGCGAAAAGUGUCGUCAGCGUAAGAUUAAAUGUGACAAGCUGAGCCCUUGUACAAACUGCCAGCGCUUAGGCAUUGAAUGCGGUCUGGUAGAAAGAGCGCGGCUUCCUCGAGGUCGAUAUCGAGGAGCGGCAGAGAAGCCGAGUGAAUCAGUGACAGAUUUGUGGGCGAGAGUAACGCAGCUCGAGCAUCAAAUGGAAAGUCUCGUACCCGAAAGAAGCAAUACACCCGCCGUUGUGGCAGUAUCAAGUCCAGAGGACAAGACGCCUUUAAGACAAAGCCCUUUUUCACCUUCCCACCAUGGAAGCCCAGAAGAGGACUACAUGCAGACAGAUCGCCCGAAGAAAAAGCCUCGCAUGUUAUACGAAGGUCCUGAUGACCCAAAUAUUGCAAACUUACCGAAACCCGACCUACAUCCUUUCAUUUUCAAGGACGAUCAGACUAUGAGCUCCUUGUCGCAGACGAGUAGCUCGCCAGUUGCCUGGAUUGGGGAGUAUGCCACAACACAAAUCAAGGACCAACUAUUGGACAUUUUUUUCGUUCAAGUCGAUCCCGUUUUCAAGAUCAUUCACCGUCCCUCCCUAUCAGGCUACUUGCGGGAAGGCAAACCCUACCUCGAUUACCACAAUCGACACCCAGCAGUCGAAGCCCUAACAUACGCCGUGUACUAUGCUGCAACAUGCAGUCUCACGGACGCACAAUGUAUGGUGAUCUUUGAAUCGAGCAAGCCUCCGAUUGUUUCCAGAUAUCGGCUUGCCUGUGAAACCGCAUUGGGCAAUGCCGACUUCGUUACGUCGGAAGAUCUAACAGUCCUCCAAGCAUUCAUUAUCUGGCUGAUCUCCACCCGCUCCCACGACAGGAGCCGUCGAGUCUGGACAAUGUUCAGCGUCGCCCUCCGCGUCGCGCAAUCCCUAUCUCUCAACAUGGACCCCCCAACAGCGCCCACCCGCCCUUUCGAACUGGAAAUGCGCCGCCGCCUCCGCUUCGCAAUCGGCCUCCUAGACACUCAAGUAGCUUUCGACCGCGCCUCAACCCCCAUCGUUCCCUUCAGCUGGAUGCAGUCCAAACCCCCCACCAACCUAAAUGACACAACCCUAACCUUCACCUCCCCUUCCACACCCCCCGAAUCCCCCACCUUCACUGACACAACCUUCGCCGUCCUCCUCUCCCGCGCACAAGGCGUAACCCGCCUCCUCGAAGCCUCCGCCGAACUAGGCAUAACCAGCCUCAACCGCCGCCAAAAAUACGUCGACGACUUCCGCGCCACCGCCUCCAAACUCCUCGUCACCUGCUCCCCGGACACGAUCCCCUUCCACUGGUUCGCAGUCCAAGUCUCCGAAUGCAUCGCUUCGAGUCUCCAGCUCGCGGCUGUGCGACCCCUUCACAAACACCCGGAUUAUGAUCCCUCGCACUCGCGCGCUCCGGAAGGGUACAGUAUUCUGCGCGUGGCGGUGGACGUGUUGACAAAGUGUCAAGUUGCGGUGAAGGAUCCGCGGGGAGAGCCGUGGCGAUGGUUUGCGCGGAUAUUUACGCCGUGGCAUGCCCUUGCGGUUGCGGCUGCGGAAUUGUGUCUUUGUGAACGGGUGGAGGUGGUGGAGGAGUAUUGGUGGAGCGUUGAGCUUGCGUAUCAUGAUUUUGUGGGUUUUGCAGCGGACAUAAGGCAGGAGAUGCCGUGGAGGCCGAUUGUGAGGCUUAUGGAGAGGGCGUGGGAGAGGAGAAGGGUUUUGGCGUUGAAGGAGAAGGAGAAGAGUGCGUUGGGUGCGUCGGUGGAGGUCGAGAAGGGUCCUGUUACUCCUGUGACGUCCGGAGAGCGGGUUCAGUUGGCUGCGGCUGGGGGCCAGGAUCCAGUAGGUGCCAAGAUGGGGGUUGCAGGGGGGAAUAGUGUGCUUCCGUUGGAAUCUACUGAUCGGUGGUCGGGGGCUUGGAGGAUGAUGGAUGUUGGGGAUGCGGAUUUUGAGGCGCUUCGUAGUACUGCGUGGGCUAAUUGGGAGAGCUUUUUGGAUGAAAUGGAGAUUGGGGAGAGCUCAUGGGGUCAGGCUUUAUGA